AUGUAUCCUGGAAUAGAACAUUUUAAUUCAAACAUAAAGUGGAAAUUCGAUGAAUCACCUUGUACGGAAGAUGAUGAUAUGCCAAAUUUAGAGCAUAAUUUGGAUAGAAUACGUAGUUUGAGUGAAGAGAAGAGUUUCAAUGCUUAUGGUAUUAAAGAACAUGAUAACUUAUUGGAAGUGGAAGUGAAUGAUGUGAUUCAAGACGAUUCAGAUGAUUUCAAAGACUUUAACGGUAGUGGUCGUGAAUGUUUCGAUGAAAAAAGUGAUUAUGGAAUUACUCAUAAAUUUUCCAGAAAUUCUUCACUCUCCAAUAGAGAACUUGAUGUAAUUAAGGAGAGUUCCAGAAGUUCUAGUGAUACUGAAGUAACAUUGACACGAUGAUUACCGAAAGUGACUUUUCAUAAAGCAGUGAAUAUUGUGCACUUAGAGACUGUUCCGAAGAGGAAAACUAAAACAAAUGUGUAUUUUGUAAAGUAGUAUGUUCUGUAAGUAGAAGUGUCAUAGAUUUUUUUAAUGAUGUAAGUAUUUUUUAAGUAUGUGGACCAGUAGAAUCAGGUCUAUAUUUUGUAAAAUA